AUGAACAGAAUUUCUGGAAAACUACCACCAAAUCUUAGCAAUGCCUCUCAGAUUAGCUUUAUUGAUCUUUCAUCAAAUAAACUAGUUGGAAUGAUUCCUAAGGCUUUGGAAAACCUAACAUUGUUAACUAUCCUUAAGUUGGACAACAACAAAUUUUCUGGCAACAUAUCACUAGAAAUUGGGAAAUUACCUCAACUUUUGAACUUUAGCAUAGCCUCAAAUAAUUUUUCCGGAUUACUUCCGGAGGAGUACUUUGAAAGAGGCCAAGUGUUAAUAGACUUGAAUUUGAGUAAAAAUAUGUUUGUUGGGGAGAUUCCUUAUGGUAUGGGAAACAUGAAAUCGCUUGAAAGUCUUGAUUUAAGUCACAACAUGCUCUCUGGUCAAAUACCAGCCCAAUUUGACGAACUAACAAGUUUGCAAAUAUUGAACUUAUCACACAACAAUUUGUCAGGACAUAUCCCUUCUAGCCUUGGCCAAUCUCUGGGUUUGAUAUGUGUUGAUGUAUCAUACAAUAGGUUGGAAGGUCUCAUCCCUAACACAAAAGUAUUUCAGGAAACUCCAUAUGAUGCCUUAAGGAAUAAUAAAGGUCUUUGCGGGAACCAUUCUGGCUUCGAGCCUUGCUCCUCAAACAAUCAAAGAGAUCAUCAUCAGAGAAGAAAUUUGCUCUUAAUUAUACUACUAACAUUUGGGAGUUUGUUUAUGAUUAUUAGCAUUGUUGUCCUAUUGAUCAUUCGAUCAAAGAGCCAUGUUAUAGUAAAGCCAAGGGCAAUUACUCAUAAAAAUGUGUUGGCAAUAUUGAAUUUUGACGGAAAGAUAGCAUAUGAAGAUAUCAUUGAGGCAACCGGAAAUUUUGAUUCAAUAUAUUGCAUUGGUGAAGGAGGACAUGCACGUGUUUAUAGGGCUGAGCUCUCAAGUGGCCAAGUUGUUGCUAUAAAGAGGUUUAAUAAUGUAAUUGCGCAAGGAGAUGAAAAUUGCGAACUCAAAAGUUUUUCAAAUGAGGUUUGCACUUUAACAGAGAUUAGGCAUCGAAAUAUUGUGAAACUGUAUGGUUUUUGUGCUAGUGAGAGAAAUUCAUUCUUAAUUUAUGAGUACUUGGAAGGGGGAAGCCUAGCACACAUAUUAAAUGAUAAUGAAAAGGCCAUGGAAUUAGGGUGGAUGAAGAGGGUAAAUGUGGUCAAAGCUGUGGCUAAAGCUUUAUCGUAUAUUCACCAUGAUUGUUUACCAUCUAUUGUACAUCGGGAUAUAUCAGCUAAGAAUAUUUUGUUUGAUUGUGAAUAUGAAGCUCACGUGUCUGAUUUCGGCACGGCAAGAAUAUUGAGUCUUCAUUCAUCAAAUUGGACUUCAUUUGCAGGAACAUUUGGCUAUGCAGCUCCAGAGUUCGCUUAUACUAUGGAAGUCACUGAAAAAUGUGAUGUGUAUAGCUUUGGAGUAUUAGCACUAGAAGUGAUUAUGGGCAAACAUCCAGGUGACCUCAUUACGUCCAUUUUUUCAUCCCCAAUCUCAACCGCCCAUGGAAUACUACUUUUAAAAGAUGUGUUUGAUUCUCGACUGUCUACUCCAACAAAGCAAGAAGAGGAAGAGUUGAUUUUGGUUGCGAAGAUAGCAGUUGCAUGUUUAAAUAUGAAUCCACAAUGUCGACCAAGCAUGCAACAGGUUUGUGUGUUGCUAAGCAAAGAAAGGCGAUAUUCCUCCUCAAAUUCACUUCCACAUAUCACAAUAAGCCAAUUGUUCGGUCUUGAAUUUCCUACUCCCUAGAGGUGGUAGGUUGAAGAAGUCUUAUUCAUGUCAGUCCGAGUAUGUAUGUGAAGUUUAUAGUACUAUAAAUUUUGAUCUAGAGCUACCAGCUUUAAUUAUAUUUAUUAUAAAAUUUCUCAGUUAAUGUCAUAUGA